AUGGCCUCGACAGUGGGUACGGGCGCCAGCUCGGACCCGAUCCACGGGCCUCUUCCCGAAUUACCGCCAAAGCAAAAACGCUCCAGAACAAGCAGACCGAAGGUAAAGACGGGGUGCAGGACCUGCAAAAGGAUAAAGUGCGAUGAGACGCGGCCUCAAUGCCUCAGGUGCGUCCGUUCAAACAAGGAAUGCCCGGGAUACCCGCCGCCCCCGCGAAGUGCAAGACCCUUCGAAGAGAUCCGAAUCGCCCCAAAGCCGAUGGCUGCCGGUACCGUGGUUCGCGAGUUCUCCCUCGCGCUGCCCCCAAGGCGCAUCAACAAAUCCCAGCAAGCCGCGAUGCUUCGGAUCAAUGCUCAGGCAGGGUCAAUCUUGUAUGCGCCAUCGAUAAACAUCCCCUUCACCGAGAUUGAAGGCAUGUAUUUCAGUCUAUUUCGCCAGCGGACAGCUAGCGAGCUCUCGGGUUUCUUUGACUCUACGUUCUGGAACCGAAGCGUACUUCAGGCCUGUCAUUCAUCGCCCGCUAUCCGGCAUGCCGUUGUCGCGCUCGGCGCACUGUACAAGACGUUGGAUAAAGCGAAUGAAUCACCACCUUCAUCCCCGGACGCAAAUGGAAGUUCGGUCGACCACGCCAGAAGGCACUGGGAAAUGGCCUGCCAAAAGUACUCGCAUGCCAUCAACUCCCUUCCCAACCAAGGUGUGGAUGACGCGACAUCAAAUCGGACGAGGCUAAUGGCGAGCAUCCUGCUGGCCUGUUUUGACUCGUUCGUUGGGGAUCACAAACAGGCCAUUAGGCAAAUUCAGGCUGGCCUGAAGCUCUUGGAGGGGUUACGUGCCGAGAAGAAGAGGGCUUUUUUCGCUUCACCAGACGAGGAACCCGUCGAAGAGGAUUUGAUACAGAUGUUUAGGCGCCUCGCCAUCCAAGCCAAAUCUUACGACAUGGCUUUUCACUUCCCCGACCCGUAUGUUAUUCGGCUGCACAAAGGCCAUGGACAGGACCCCAGCUCGCCCAGUUCGAACCCAUCUUCGCCCAUCCCUCCUAACAAGAACCCGAUCCCCGAACGGUUCUCGUCUGUCAUGGAUGCUCGCGUCGCUUGGGAUAACCUUUGCGAACGCAUCUUCCGCUUCCGAGAUGCUAUGUUCGAGUACGCCGAAAACAAUGCCCCGAACAACAUCAUGGGCGUGUUACCUGCUGAGCUCCGGCACGUUGGAGCCUCUUUCAAACACGAAAUUGAAGCCUGGUCCCGUGCGUUCGAGCCUAUUCUUGAAUCACGCACCGCCCCCGGAGUCAGCAGCCAGGAGAAGGCAGCUAUUGCCGUGCUGAAGAUGUUUCAAAUUAUGGGCCAAAUCCUGUUCUUGAUGACCUUUAGCGACAGUGAGAUGCACUUUGACAACUUCAUCCCUGCGUUCAAGGCCAUCGUCGAUCUAGCCCGCGAGGUUGUUGGGGAUGAGGAGCGUCGUGCUGCGGCACAACGGUGCCCCAACCCCGCAUUAUGCCAUCACCGCCACCGCGACCCGUUGGACCCUCUUAAUGGAGUGGAUAACGUGUACACUGCACACCACAUCAAGCCAUCCUUUAGCGCUGACAUGGGUAUCGUUCCGCCGUUGUAUGUCGUCGCUACAAAGUGCCGCGAUCCCCAGAUUCGCAGGCAGGCCAUUCAACUACUGCGCAGCUCGGCAAGGAGAGAGGCGAUGUGGGAUAGUGAGUUGGUAGCUAGAAUUGGAAUGUGGGUUUUAAAGGUCGAAGAAGAGGGACUCGAUCUCGGUUCUCCCAGCUCAGCCGGUUAUCCUAGCCCCGGUAGUGCCAGCACCAGUACUGCAAUGACACCGCCGGACUCGAGCCCUCCCCAGACGAUGACGAUGACCGCUCCCCAGCUAUCCAUCAGCACGACCAGCAGCGUGGCCAGCAGUCGUGACACCAGUCCCAUGCCCGGCCUUGGGAUUACCGAGUUCGGUGCAGGCAGUCCUCCUCUCGGACCGGGGGGUAAUGCAGCCUGGCUGGAAAAGACGCCAUCAUCCCGGGGAUUCUCGCCGGCUUCAACAUCGUCAACGUUCAAUACCCUUCCGCCGACCCCCACCAGUUUUGUGCAGCAACAGCAGCAGCACCCGUUCCAGAAGCUGCAGUUUAUUACAACGCCGUCACAACAAACGUCGGCACAACCACAACCACAGCCACUGAGCGUCGUCGUACCUGAAGAUAAACGUGUCAUGGUUCGGGCGGUCGAUUUUGAUUUGCGGGAACGGUUUGCAAAGAUUGAGCUUGGGUCAAGGAAUCUCAGCCAGGACCCAACCCUCGACCAAAUCCUCUUCCCUUCCCAAUAUUUUGAUGACAAUGCCUCGGCGCUCUCCCGCGUGCUGGGCGACCUCAAGCGUGCAAGUCUGUCCAUCCCCAACCGACUGCGCUCGAUCUGCGCGGACGCCGAGUUCGUCGCAGCUGUCGCCGACGCGCUUGGCGAUCUCCCCCUGGUCGCGAACGAGCGCUGCGGCAGUUGGUAUAUCGACCCUAAGAUGAAGGAAGCGUCGGCGUAUUUUAAGAGCACCGAUGGACAUACGGGGCAGUGGAAAUUUAGCAUGCCCGAUGCCCUCUCCAAAACCAUCCCCGUCUGGUGUGCCGUCCUCAACCGCGUGCUCUUCCCUGACCAACCAGAAGUGCACUCCUUGUUCACUUCACCUAGUGCUGUCUCAGCCUCUGAAGCUUCGCAAAUCGAGGCCAUUCUCCCUGACUUCGUUGAAGCCUUUAACUCCCUCGCCAUCGACACCGCCCCUCUGCGUCAGCAUCUACGAAAGCCGCUGCGUCCCUUCUGGAUCACGCACAGUGAUUUCGACGAUGGAAUAGAUUUAGAAACCGUCGCUGAUGCGGUGAGGGAGAUCCGAAAGGCUUGGCACCCCGUGGUAUGCUGCACCAGUUCAAGGAGGGUUGAGGGCGGGGAGAUGACUGUUUCAGUGGGAGACAAGGGGUAUGUGUAUGUGCAGGGGGCAGGAGAUGACACGGAGAAUUGGGCGAGGGGGUUGACGGCAGCGGUGUUUUGGCGGCAUCGGGAGACCUUACUUGCGGCUGAGGAGGGGGAAUUGCCGGGGUUGAUUGAGAAGUUGUUGAGAGAGGAGAAGAAGGAGGAAGCAGGAAAAGAUGAGCGGUUGGAUAUCAAGGGUGUUGCGCCGAGGGUGUGGGUUGGGACGCUGGCUUCUCUGGAGAGGGCGAGAGACUUGGACGGCGCGUGCGUCAUUGCGUUGGCGCCUAAGGCAACGGAGCAGGAGACGUGGGUUAAAUCACCUUCAUAUAUGGAGGUUGGGUUGGGGAAGAACAGUAAAACUGCCAGCCGCCUGCUCAGGGAUGCACUGCCAAGGAUAUGUGAGUUCGCUGGGCAAUUCUUGACCGCAGGUGAGCAAUCCGAGGAUUCAGAGCCAAACGCCCUGCCGAAGGGAGCAGGGCAGGAAGACAAGCGGGUUGUUAUCCUCUGCGAGACAGGAAAAGACCUGUCUGUUGGCGUCGCGCUGGCCAUUUAUUGCUGGUGCUAUGACGACGCCGGCAAGGUGAGGUCAGAAAGCGAUAGCAGAAAUGGUUUCACCAAGACAGCUGUCCGUGUUAAGCUGGGACAUAUCGUUCAGGCUGCGCCAGAGGCCAAUCCUAGCAGGGCCACGCUCCAGAGCGUGAACAGUUUCUUGAUGGACUGGCGAAGAUGA